UUGAACAAUGUGUACUCGAUUGAAUGAAUCUUCGCUCGUGCGUUCGUGCGAAUGUCUUUGUCGACUCACUAGCUGGUGCCGAACAUGGCCAAGAGCUUCGGAUGCACACUCACGACACCACCACUACUACCACCAUCACCACCGCCACGCCCAUCCACAGCCCCUUCCCCAUUCACCGACACGUCCACACGAGCACUCUCUGCUUUUGCAGCUGUUCCAUCUGUCUGCCACCCCGUCGACAGAUCAGCCAGCAGCUCUGGGCGGUGUGUCCUCAGAGCCUCCUCCAACUCCAUCCACAAACCUGCAUGCCGACCUUCAGACACACCUGAUGUAGGGAUGGAUGACCACGCACACAAUCUCACACCGGGGAAUAAUACACGAGCCUCGCUCUCAGUUGACAGCUCACUGACCUGAGACUUGUUCUGGCUUGAACCUGAGGAACUUUGCCGUGGCGCGGAGGCCCCUGGGGGAAACGAAGUUCUGAGUGAUGGCAAAGGUGUCGUCCUCCAGGUUGAGGACGGCGUGCCACCAUCCCCGUGGGAUGAACAGCAGCUCCCCGGCACACACUGUGGCCUCCAGAGGCCUCACACCACCUGCACAAAGACAGCACACACACAACGCACAGAUGGGAUGAAUGCGUAUUGGUGGAGUCCGCUUGCCACACCGCUUACCGUAGUCUGCUUGUUGGGUGGCGUCGUAGAAGUUGAGUAACCACUCGACGAGCGACACUGGCUGGGUGACCUCUGCCCCCCCACGAGAUGGCGACACGCCAGGCGGCACGUGGCCGGGGGGAAGCAUAAACCACUUCUUCGCACCUACAGGCAGCACAGCAACCGACAGGAACAAAUCGCAUCGUGUUGAUGGAUGGAGUCCCUGCACGGCCGUCGCUACUUUAUCACCCACCUCUAAUGACGCCGUUCCACGCCGAAGUGGCGUUUGGGUCGACGUGCCACUUGCUGCCGGAUCGACGGUUGCCAAUCAACAGCCACCUGACAUAGACACACACAACCCACACACACGAACAGACGUACCGGUACAAUGUGUCAUCGAUCCAUCCUUUCUCUUCUAAUGACCGGAAGUUUGGUCUUUGUGGUAGAAGUGCGAACAUGUCCUCAGCGAAGUACUGCGGCGGUGUGUAGUCGUCGGCCAUGAAGGGGGCCCUGUCGGCGAACUUGGGGUCGAAUAUGAAGAGGGGGUUGUCGUCCUCAUUCGCAUCGGCAUACGCGAAGAAAUCACGGAGCGACAUAUCAACUGACAGACAGGGGGUCGGCGAAGGAGGAAGGACACACAUGCUAUGAGGCUUUUGAUUUUGUGUGUGAUGUGCCUGCUACCUGGCCCAGCGGUGAAUUUGACAUGGCCGGCACGUUUGAGCAAGUGCUCACGGCUCCACUUGCCGUAGGCGGGCCACCUGUCAACCACACCUGACCGGACAUCAAUACACGGCCGGCGUGAUCGUCUUUGUGUCUGCAUCGACUGUGUGUUGCAUUCUCACUCACCUCUAAUGAUGACAGGCACAUUGGGCGUCUCGUACUCACGGAUAGAAUCACCCACAGACAGGGCGGCCGCAUCUCGGCGAUCAAUUGUCUCAGUGCACAACCACCUGGAACACAAAGGCACAACGCAGGAGUGUCGUCUCGGCGCAUCCACCGACCACCACUCUUCUCACCGUCUCUUGAGGGGCACUGAUGCACAGUGGAAGCGUUGGAAGAGCCAGUCGGAAUAGAAUGACGGCACGCGGACCGAUGCAGGCGCCACCGAAUUGACCCCUUUUCUGUGCGUCAUGGUCAGCCAAGUGCAUCGCCAGUCCUUGUGGUACUGAAAACCAUCCCUGAAGUCAUCCGUAACACGCUGAGCGAGGCGCAAAACGACACACGAACGAGGUGAGAUACCACAGUGGGGGGGCGGUGUGCAUCAUGUGUAUGCACUUCACCUGCAUCCACAGCUCUUCGUGGUUGGCGAAGACGUAGAAGCUGCGCGACACACGGGCCACCCUUCCCAGCUCCACACACGUCAAGUGCUCAAACACGGUGCACACCUGACAACACAAAUCAUGCACACACAUCAGCGGACCAUCACAAGGCCACAUGCAUCCCUGUGAGUGCACCCACCGCAAAGUCACUGAGUGGCUUGAGCAUUCCAAGGCCCGCAUCUCGGCAGUUGCGGCCUCCAUCGAUGAGCAGGUUGCCCAGUGGCCGAAUCUGAUGGAUGGACGAAACACACAAGCACACAAGCAGAGAGAGGCAGCGCAUGAGGCGUUUGACUCAUCCCUCUUUAUCUUGCUGUACCCCGAUCGGAUGUGACGAUCUCGGACGCUUGCUGGGAGGCUCCACCGUCGCAGUAUCGGCACGGGAGAGGUGCUCGGCUGCCUUUCUGACAGUGCUUGAUGACGUUUUCGAGCUGCUCAUGGAAGAUCGCAGCCCAGUUUCUUCAAGUGUCAUACCCAAGAUCUUUGCGGACGGCCCUCCUCUCGCG